AUGACUGCUACACCAAUAACCACAACUGCUGCACCAACAACCACAACAGCUGCAUCAACAACCACGACAGAUGCACCAACAACCACACCAGCUGCAACAACAACUGUACCAACAACCACGACGGCUGCACCAACAAUCACGACAGCUGCACCAACAACAACACCAGCUGUACCCACAACCACACCAGCUGCAACAACAAGCACGGCAGCUGCCCGAACAACCACGACUGCUACACCAAUAACCAUGACAGCUGUACCAUCAACCACUACAGCUGCACCAACAACCCUUACAACUGCACCAACAACCAUGACCACUUUACCAACGACCACGAUUGCUACACCACAAACCACAACAGCUAUACCAACAACCACUACAGCUGUACCAACAACCACUACAGCUGCACCAACAACCACUACAGCUGCACCAACAUCCACUACAGCUGCACCAAAAACCACAACAGUAGCACCAACAACCACAACAGCUGAACAAACAACCACGAAUACUGCACCAACAUCUACCACAGCUGCACCAACAACCACGACAGCUACCCCAACAACCACGACUAAUGCACCAACAACCAUGAAUACUGCAACAACAUUCACUUCGUCUGAACUAACAAGCACGACAGCUGCACCAACAACCACUACAGCUGCACCAACAACCACGACAGCAGCACCAACAACCACGACAGCUGCACCAACAUCUACUACAUCUGCACCAAGAACCACGACAGCUGCACCAACAACCACGACUGCUGCACCAAUAACCACGACAACUGCACCAACAACCAUGCUGCACCAACAUCUACUACAUCUGCACCAAGAACCACGACAGCUGCACCAACAACCACGACUGCUGCACCAAUAA